UUAGGUGUCGCACUGUUGGUCCCAUCUUGGCUACAUUGUAGAUCGGAGAGGAGAGCGAGCCCGUCCAUAUUACAGCUGCUGUGUCAGCGGUUUCCAUGGUGAUGGACCCUCCUGGUGGGCGAGAUGAGCGGAGGAGACAGGCGGAGCGUCUUCGACGGGAGGAGGCGUACUAUCACUUCAUCAACGAGCUAAGCGAGGAAGAGUACCGUCUCAUGAGGGACAGUAACCUGCUGGGCACACCUGGGGAGGUGACGGCAGAGGAGCUGCGGCAGCGCCUGGACGGAGCGAAGGAGCGCGUGUCGUCCCAGCCCCGCCCUGAGCCACGCCUGCAGAACCCUGAGGCUGGAGAGGAGGAGAGCAGCAGUGGAGCUGCCGAGCCAGGAACGGAGACCUCAAACGGGGACUCACUGCUGGAGUGGCUGAACACAUUCCGGCGUACUGGCAACGCCACCCGCAGCGGGCAGAGCGGCAACCAGACCUGGCGCGCGGUCAGCCGCACCAACCCCAACAGCGGGGAGUUCCGCUUCAGCCUGGAGAUCAACAUCAAUCACGAGCAGCCGGAACCAGGGGAGCACAGCGAGGCUUCCGACCCCACGGAGCUGCCCCUUCCCCCCUCAUCCACGGCCUCAGCCUCCAUACGCACUGCCCCCUACACGCCCCCCCCCCGGCCAUCGCCCUACACCCCCCCAAGGAUCACUCCGUACCCCUCGGCACGCCCCACUUUGAGUAGGAGGGCUCAGACACGGCGCACCCGCAGCAGCACCACCCCUCCUGUCACCGCCCCACCCCUCUCUACCCCGGUGGCCCUUGUCACCCCGGCUCCAAGAAGAGGUGUGGCCUUGCACCUCCCAUCCACCCCUCCCGUUGUGCCCCCUAGCCCUCACAAUCCGAGUAGCCUCUCUCUGCCUCAGCCCCCCAGAGCAGCUGUGGCGGAGGGGCAGGAGGAGGCGGCUGCUUCCCCAGACUGUCCCCGCGUGGCCCUCCAGGCCGGCGGCUCCCUGGGGCCGCUAGCGGGUCGGGAGCCACGAAGCAGCAGGACUCGAUCCCGCGGGCGGAUCCGCAGGGCGACAGCAGGAGGCGGGGCCUCCUCCCGGUCGUCACGGCGAAGCCGGUCCCCUCUGCAGAGGAGCCCCGCCCCCAGCGUUGCCCUGCCCCCUAGUGGCGGCGGCGGCAGCAGCAGCUCCAACGCCCACACUGCCGAGCCUGGCCAUGGAACCCCCUCUGUUCCCAUAGCGACAACGGAGGCUGCAGCAGAGCCGGCUCCUCUGACGGAGCCCGUCCCCGAGGCGGGGGAACAGGAGGGUGAGUCGCACGCGGCCGGCGGAGCGGGAACAGGCGUGCGGCGACACCCCACCAUCAUGCUGGAUCUGCAGGUGAGGCGGAUCCGGCCGGGGGAGAACCGGGACCGGGACAGCAUCGCCAGCAGGACGCGCUCGCGGGCCCGAGCCGCGGAGAACACCGUCACCUUCGAGAGCGACAGCGGCGGCUUCCGGCGCACCAUCUCCCGCUCGGAGCGGGCCGGGAUCCGGACCUACGUGAGCACCAUCCGGAUCCCCCUGAGGCGCAUCAGCGAGACGGGGCUGGGGGAGCCCAGCUCCACCGCCCUCAGAUCCAUCCUGCGCCAGAUCAUGACGGGCUUCGGAGAGCUCAGCUCUCUCAUGGAGACGGAGGCCGACUCGGAGAGCGCCGCGCCCGCCCACCCCGACCCCAACGGCCCCAGCGUCACAGCCACCGCGCAGGCCUACCGUAUCCACAGCAACGAGGGCAUGCUGGGCCACGUGGGUGCCGCAGGGGCGGAGCCUGUGAGGGAAGGGCUAGCGGGGACGGUGGAGGAGGAGGGUCAGGCGAGGUUAGGAGGGGGCGUGGCCAACCCCAACGAGGGCCGGCCCACUAGCAGGGACACCAACAACCUGGUGGAGAACGGAACGCUGCCCAUCCUGCGGCUGGCACACUUCUUCCUGCUCAACGACGAGGAGGACGAGGAUCACCCUCGCGGCCUGACCAAAGAGCAGAUCGACAAUCUGGCCACUCGCACCUAUGGCCAGGCCAGCUUGGAGGGCGAGCUGGGCCGAGCCUGCAGCGUCUGCAUCAACGAGUACGCCCAGGGCAACAAGCUGCGCCGUCUGCCCUGCGCCCACGAGUUCCACAUCCACUGCAUCGACCGCUGGCUGUCUGAAAACAACACCUGCCCCAUCUGCAGGCAGCCCAUCCUCGCCGUACACCAAGACUGACCCCUGACCCCGGCACCACGUCGCCCCCUGCAGGCCUAACGAGCAUGCCCGAGUGGGCCGUGCAUGUACAUAGCACUUUCAUGUCUUCAUUUCAUUGAGAGAUAUCCGUCAUGUUCCAGCUGUAAAAGUAGAGCCACAAGCGGGGAAGAAAAAGGAAAAAAAAAAAGGACUAAAAUAAUAAAUGCAGAGAAUUAACAAAGCUUUAUUUUUUUAGAUUCCUCAGUUUGUUUUCAGCACUUUUGUUUUGAAGUUCUUUUCUUGCAUUAAUGUUUUGGGGGCCUCUGUCAUAAUGCUUUGGAGCUCUUCUAUGUUAACAGAUAUCUAUGUUAACAGAUAGCACUAAUGCUUGAAGGAGCUUCACUUUCCGCUGCUGACUAGUCUCACUGACUCUAACUAAGCCUGAUCCCUGCAGGGCGUCAUCACAAACGGACUACAGCAAUCAAUCUCUGGACUUGAUUUGAUCAAACCAUGUAAAUACAAGUCACCGCCACCUGUGGGAGAGGUUGAAGUUCAGGUUCGUACGUAACGGCAGUAACAGAAGAAGAAGAAGAAAAAAAAAAAGUUUUAAAGCUCUGACAUCUUUAUUUUAAAGUGUACUCGCAGAAGUUUACCCAAUUAUUUGUAUUUUUAUUUGACAGCAGUUGCCUCGUUUUUUUCCUUUUUUUUGUUUAUUACACUUUUGAUUUUACUUCCAAUAAGCCAGUGGUCCAUCAGAGUGUGUUACAUUAUUACUUGUGUCUUCCAUAGACAAACAUUAGACAGUGAGGGGGGGUCAAUGCAGAAACAUGGGCAACACUCAUCAAAACUCAAACACCCCUAGAAAGCUGAUGAUAAUCAAGUAUCUGGUGACGGCCCCAUGCAGAGAGCCCUUCUGGUAGACCAAGCCUGCACGCACGAUAGAAAAGGAGCAAUGCAAUAACACACAAAUUAGGGGGGGGGAAAAAGUACAGUUUUGUUGAUCUGUUUGUAACCCUGGGAUCUGUUUGUUUACACCACGUAACCCUGGGAAACGGAGUGGCCCCUCA